AUGAAGGUGCCUGGUGAGGAUCCAGAGGAUGAGGAGCAGAUGGAGAUGUCUGGGGAUGAGCAGCAAGGUGGUGAUGCACUCGAUGAGGGAUUUUUUGGAGAGGAGCAGGGCGAAAUGCCUAAAGGAAAGAGAACUACAAGACAGGCAGCUAUAGGGCUUGUUCAAGAGGAGGAGGUACCUGAACAAGUACUUACUCAAGAAGCAUCCCCUGGGAUCGAGGCUUUUGAUUUAGGCACUAGAAGUGGUGGCGGUAUGGACCCAUCUAUUGCUAUGACGUGGAUCCAUGAAAUGGAGAAGUUAUUCGAGUUCCUGAUGACAAAGACCAUUCUAGGUGCUGAAGGGAAGGUGAUAACCUGGGAAGAUUUUAAAGUGGCUUUCGACAAUAAAUAUUUUCCUCCCAGUGUUAGACAACAGAAAAUGAUGGAGUUUGUACAACUCACACAAGGAAGCCAAUCUGUGAUGGGUUAUGAAAGAAAAUCUGAAGACCUGUCAAAGUAUGCUCCGCAUAUGGUGGUUACUGAGGAGCUGAGGGCCGAACAGUUUGAGCAAGGAUUGAAGCCUGAUGUUAGAAAAGUAGUGGCUACAUUUCAAUUGAAGACUAACACUGAGGUCGUUCAAAAGGCCCAGAUCUAUGAAGUAGAUCAUAAAGGGAACACCCAACCUGAGGGUGAGACCCCGAAGAAAAAGUUCAAGCCAAAUAACUUUAAAGGAAAGUGGGCGAUGAACCAAAAGAAGAGAUCCCAAGAUAAGGGAUCUAGAGUGGAAUGUCCCAAGUGUGGCAAGAGCCAAAAGGGAGAAUGCUUGAUGGGCACCACAACUUGUUUUAAGUGUGGUAACAGUGGACACUAUGCAAGAGACUGCAAGUCUGGUGGUGGUUACCAAUGGCCUGAGAAGACUGAGCAUAUUGGCAAGAAAGUGGUGGAAAACCAAAACCAAAAGACUCCUGGAAGAGUUUAUACUUUGACUACUAAAGAUGCUGAAGUUUCACCUUCAGUGGUAGCAGGUAUAAUGAGUGUUUCUGGUAUGCCUGCCUAUGUCUUAUUUGAUUCGGGGUCUACGCACUCCUUUGUUUCUUAUGAGUUUGCCAAUAAGUUAGACAUUGAACUCAAGAAUAUGGAUUGUCCGUUGUGUGUGUCUACACCUUCUGGACAUGUUAUUGAGACUGAUGUGAUCUAUGAGUUAUGUGCUAUAGAUAUUAAUGGGAAGAGACUUGAGGCCAACCUAGUGUUACUAGAUAUGAUAAGAGCACCACCAUCAAUGAUGAUUUCUACUUUACAAGCUAGGAAGUUGCUAAGGCAGGGUUGCCAAGGAUUCCUGGCAACAGUUCAAGACACUACAGCCAAAGAGUUGUUGAUAACUGAUGUACCUAUAGUGUGUGAUUUUAUAGAUGUCUUUCCGAAGGAUUUACCCAAAAUACCUCAAUACAGGGAGGUAGAGUUCUGUAUUAAACUUUUACCCGGCAUAGUGCCGAUUUCAAAGGCACCAUAUAGGAUGGCUCCUGUUGAGUUAAAGGAAUUGAAAGAGCAGUUAAAAGAGUAA